AUGAGAGAAUAUAAGCUGGUCGUCUGCGGUUGCGGUGGCGUCGGCAAAAGUGCACUUACCGUACAAUUCGUGCAAGGUCUUUUUGUACAAUCGUACGACGCAACCAUUGAAGACAGUUAUCGAAAGCAUUUUGUCGUCGACGGAGAAGAUUGCCGUCUGGAAAUCCUCGACACGGCUGGUACGGAACAAUUCUCCGGUCUGAGAGAUCUGUACGUGAGGAAUGGACAUGGUUUCAUAUUGGUCUAUUCUGUGAAUGAUCGCGAAUCGCUUGAGGAAUUGCGGGACAUUCGAGACACAAUCGUACGCAUCAAGCAAGAUGCCAAUGUAAGUAGAACAUCCUGUUCAUGUACAUAA